ACGACUCCCGCGCCUGUGCCCAGCCUCCUCCCGCCGCAGCCGCCCUUUUCCUCCCUCCCUUACGUCCCCGAGUGCGGCAGUACCGCCUCCUUCCCAGCCGCGCGGCUUCCUCCAGACCUCUCGGCGCGGGUGGGCACCAUGUCCUUGAAGAUGCAGGCAAGCAAUGUAACCAACAAGAAUGACCCCAAGUCCAUCAACUCUCGAGUCUUCAUUGGAAACCUCAACACAGCUCUGGUGAAGAAAUCAGAUGUGGAGACCAUCUUCUCUAAGUAUGGCCGUGUGGCCGGCUGUUCUGUGCACAAGGGCUAUGCCUUUGUUCAGUACUCCAAUGAGCGCCAUGCCCGGGCAGCUGUGCUGGGAGAGAAUGGGCGGGUGCUGGCCGGGCAGACCCUGGACAUCAACAUGGCUGGAGAGCCUAAGCCUGACAGACCCAAGGGGCUAAAGAGAGCAGCAUCUGCCAUAUACAGUGGCUACAUCUUUGACUAUGAUUACUACCGGGACGACUUCUACGACAGGCUCUUCGACUACCGGGGCCGUCUGUCGCCCGUGCCAGUGCCCAGGGCGGUCCCUGUGAAGCGACCCCGGGUCACAGUCCCUUUGGUCCGGCGUGUCAAAACUAACGUACCUGUCAAGCUCUUUGCCCGCUCCACAGCCAUCACCACCAGCUCAGCCAAGAUCAAGUUAAAGAGCAGUGAGCUGCAGGCCAUCAAGACGGAGCUGACACAGAUCAAGUCCAAUAUCGAUGCCCUGCUGACCCGCUUGGAGCAGAUCGCUGCGGAGCAAAAGGCCAAUCCAGAUGGCAAGAAGAAGGGUGAUGGAGGUGGCACCAGCGGCGGUGGUGGUGGCGGUGGUGGUGGCGGCGGCGGCGGCAGUGGUGGUGGCGCUGGCGGCAGCCGGCCACCAGCCCCCCAAGAGAACACAACUUCUGAGGCAGCCCUGCCGCAGGGAGAAGCACGGACCCGAGACGAUGGCGAUGAGGAGGGGCUGCUGACACACAGCGAGGAAGAGCUGCCUGACAGGAGCAAUGGCCACCAGCAGGUGAAGGGCAUCGUUGCCCCAGGCCUCAAGCUGGGCACCCAACCCUGGAUGCCACCCCCCAGCGGGUACCAGAGGAAAGCUGGCAGCAGGCGCCUCCUCCCCCAACGCAUCCCAGCCAGUGCCAUGUCCUCUGCAGGUGGAGUUACUGGCCUACUCCUUCCCCAUGAGCCCUCCCUGUCUGCACUGCCCAGGCCAGAGGGUAGAGCACAGGGGUUUCCCCACACUGCCUCCCCUCCCCAGGACACUCCCAGGCUUGGGUUUUUUCUAUAGGUUUGGCGGGGGGCCACAGGGAGGGGACCCUGACAAUAAAGAGAUUGGAUCCCAA